AUUUUCGAAUAACCUUAACCGCCCCUUCCUAUUUCCUAAAUUCAAUAUGGAACCCGCUCCACCUUCUUCUCUCCCGCUGCAAAUUCAACACUUGCCGGAAGAAUCUACGGCCGUGCCGGAGACAGACAAAACGGCUGCUCAGCCGCCAUCCGCCCCUUCACCAAUCUCCUUAACAACCGUAGAGGGUACGAAUGCCGCCAAACCCAUCAUCAUGAAGAAAACAAACAAAAAGACGAUAUCUUUGAAACCGCGCCCAAAACCCUCAUCGUCGGAUUCUUCCAGUUCUGCGGCGUCCUUUUCGCAAUACGUAUCUCGGAGAAGAGGGAUUAGGCUUUUUCGGGCUAGUCGGAGUUUGAAAGCUCUUUCCGGGCCGGGGCGGCCCAAACUGGCUAAUGUAGGAGCUCUUGCUUUACCUCUUGGCAUGUCUAUUGCUGCUGUUGUUGCUCAGGUUUUGAAAGGAAAAGACGAAGUAGACAAGACCAUAUCGGCAGAUCACCUAUCUCAGAUUUGUGCUGGAGCAGUGCGGGAGUCUUUAGUCAAUGUUUAUGGAGAUCAGUUUGAUGGUUUUCUGGAGAAUUUUGAGAGAUCAUUCAGGAGUACCUUGAUGACUUUGAAUCUAAUUAACAAAUGUGCAAAAGAUAAUGGAGCAAAGGAGAACCCGGAGAUUGGGAAAUGCUUUUCUGAAGUGUCCACAGCCUCUUCUCCAGACAGAUCAGAACAUUCUGCACGUUGUUCUGAUAAAGAAUGCUGGGCAGACCAGAUUCUUCAAGCAAACACCAUGUUUGGACAACCACGCAAUCGAGAACAGUUGGGCGAGAGCCCACUGUUGGACUAUAGAAAUACCCAGCUUGUUCUGCAUGAUACAGAAAUAGAGCAGCAGAUGUCCUCUGUUUUCCCAAGCAGAAACACAAAGGAAGACAAUUACAAAUCAAUUCUGAGCACCUUGGAAAAAUCUCUCGAAGAGCAAGCUCGAUCCAAUGACCUUAUGAGAUUUAAGAUGGGGCUUACAAUGAAAAAGAUGCAACUCAAGGAACGUCAACUGGCUUUAAGUGAGAAUGCGAACCUUUUGGAAAGAUGGAAACUCUCGUUUGGAUUUUCUAAGGCAUCUUUCAAGGCUGAAAAAUUUAAAACUCAACUGGAAGAAACAAGAUAUGCUGAGCUGCUUAGAAAGUGCAUAGACAGUCUCGUCGCAGGUCUCUUAGUCAUGCUGGCUUGUGUUGGAUAUGGAGCUUUUCUUUACUCUCACAAACGAAUCACCGAAGCGACAGCAUCUUGUAGUACGGAAAAGGUAAGCCAUGUUUGUUCUUUUAUUCGAUUUAAUGGAUUCCCGGUGAUCAUUUGGGAACUUCAGAGUUAUGCCGAGGUUGUCUGCUUGUAUCCUGCCACUCGCGCACAAUCUUAACCCUAAGUGCUUGAUAUUGGUACUUAAUGAAGAGAAUUUAUGGUGAAGAGAAUUUAUGGCAUCCUGUGCAUUUGCAUCAAUCGGAAAAAUUAGCUAUGGCAUAUUCUGGAAUUGGUAUCUGGACGAAUUCAGAUUUAGUUUUGAUUCCUUGAUACUGCUGCUGUUGUUCCUUGGUGCAUUAAUUAUCCACAAGAUAAAGCUUUUGGAUACUGCUGCUGCUGAUAUUGCUGUUGUUCCUUGGUGCAUUUACUCUUGCUUUUGGUUAAUGAUAUGAUAUUCCUGUGUCUGUCCAUUCUUUGUUCAAACAACUGUAUUUUUUCUCAUUAUUUUAGUUUCUCAUAGAUUCACGAGGAAACAAAGUCAUGGUUCUCUGGAUUGAACCCAAUGGCAUCUUUCAACUCUGGACUGAAGAUUUUGACAUGUCAAUUUCAAGUUCUGACACGGAUGCUGGCUGGUGGAUUCAUGGUCCUUGCAAUUGCUUAUCUGCUCCUUCAGCGGUCCGCAACAUCAAAUCAAGCAAUGCCGGUUACCUUCAUAGUAUUACUACUAGCUUUUGCCUGCGGUUUUGCUGGGAAACUGUGCAUUGACACAUUAGGGGGCAGUGGAAACUGUUGGCUUCUGUAUUGGGAGAGUUUAUGCUGCAUACACUUAUUUUCGAACCUCUGGACCUCAAUUUUGUUUAGAAUUCUUCAUGGUCCCCUUUCAGUUUCGGAAGGAAAGAAGAUCGAUCCAUUCGUCCCAUAUUGGAUAAGGAGAUGUCUCUUCUAUGGCACUGUUGGUCUUCUAAUACCCUUGCUUUGUGGUUUUCUGCCUUUUGCAAGCGUUGGGGAAUGGAAAGAUCACUUUGCGUUGCUAAUAUUCAGUGAUCUCCAAUGACAGCAUCGGACUAGUUUUAGAUUAAGAAUUUGCAUCUGGAUCCAGGGCAGGUGAUAUACCUUGUUGGUUUGUAUGUAUUAUAGCCUACAAAAUUUGUGAUUUAUCCCGGUCUGGGUGCUUCGUGUAACCUAGUCUAUGUAUAUUUUCCCUGAUAAUUGCAGGAUGUCAUCGCGUUAAGCUGUCAUAUGUAUUAAGAUAAGAUGGAUGUAAUUGAAGAUGUUAACUAGAUUAGGGUAGGGAGGUUGAAGGGUCUGGGUUUUCAGUUUUCCAGUGAAAUAUGUCAAAAGACAUUUUCAGUUUAUUCACACAGCUGCUGCCUGGUUGCCAUAAAGGAGUAGUGUUGGUGUUACCUUCUGGGAUAAGGCUUUAUGUAAGCUUUUUUUUGUUUUUUUUUUUUUGAAGUGGUAUGUAAACUUCAAUAGUGUAACAUUAUUUAUUUUGAUGCUCAAUGUAUUACAAGAUCUCAUGAAUCAUAGAGUAUUUGUUAAAUGUGCCUUGAUGAAAAUAUAG